AUGGAUGUUGAAAUCGUUGAAUAUCACCUUUUUAAUUUUGGAUUUGUUGAGGACUAUUUUGUUUGGGAGUAUCAAGGGGAAAAAGAUGUGAUCGGUGAGAUAGCUUCUGGUAAUGAUUUGCACGGUGGUUCUCAACCUGAAUCGGGAUUCGAUAAUCCAUACCGACAAAUGGUCUUGGAUGCAGCUGGUCCCAACUUUGGUCAGGGUUCGAGUUCGCAAUCUUAUAGCAAUAUUGAAGUUGAUUCUUCUCAUCCUUAUGAAUCUUCAAUGGAGGAGGAGCCUAAUCCUUCAAUGGAGGAGGAGCCUAAUCCCGAGUCCCAAAGAUUUUACAAUUUGCUACAAGCUGCUGAUGAAAAAUUAUAUCCCGGUUCUUCUCUCUCUCAACUUGCAGUAGUCUCCAGAAUGUUAAAUAUUAAAAUGGAGAAUACUUUGUCACAGAGAGGUUAUAACCAAAUGAUACAAUUGUUGAAAGAGGCUUUACCUGAAGAUAACAAAGUGCUUGAUAGCUAUUAUCAGACUAAGAAACUAAGGUAUAAGCGUCGUGUCGGCUCGCGUAAGAGGAAAUUGGUCCCUUACAAGAAAAUGUAUUAUUUUCCUUUGAUUCCUAGAUUGCAAAGAUUAUAUGCAUCCCAUGCUACGGUACCGCCGACACGAGAUGGCACCAUGAGCAUACACAAGAGGAUGGGUCAAUCUGGGAGGAAAUACUCUUCGUGGCCAGUGAUUGUCACCCCAUACAAUUUGCCUCCAGGAAUGUGCAUGAAAGAGGCAUAUAUGUUCCUAACUGUCAUUGUUCCUGGGCCAAACAAUCCCAAGCAUAAAAUUGAUGUUUAUCUGCAACCUCUAAUAAAGGAAUUGACCUUGUUGUGGGAGACAGGUGUAGAAGCAUUUGACAUCUCGAAAAAGCAAAACUUUCAACUGAGGGCAGCUUUGAUGUGGACAAUCAUUGACUUCCCAGCAUAUUCUAUGUUAUCAGGAUGGAGUACUGCGGGCAAGUUAGCAUGUCCUUAUUGUAUGGAGGAAACACAAUCCUUUAGAUUACAACAUGGCAGGAAAACAUCUUGGUUUGAUAGUCACAGAAUGUUCCUUGACCAACAUCAUCCUUUUAGGAGAGAUCGUAAAAACUUUCUCAAAGUUCUUAAUAUUGAUAACAAAACCAAAGACAAUCUACAAUCACGUCAAGAUAUGAUAAAUUACUGCGAUCGACCGCAGUUGGCAAAGGACACUAGUGGAAAAUAUCCAAAAGCUAUAUAUACAAUGGAUAAGGAAGAAAGAGCUAUCUUGUUCAAUUGGGUGAAGGGUUUGAAGUUUCCAGAUGGGUAUGUUUCGAAUUUGGGUAGAUGUCCAGACACAAACGCGAAAAGAUUAUUUGGCAUGAAAAGUCAUGAUUGCCAUGUGUUCAUGCAACGACUAAUGCCUAUUGCUUUUCGUGAACUGCUUCCUAGUAAUGUGUGGCAAGCACUUACAGAAUUGAGCUUAUUUUUUAAAGAUCUUACUUCGACCACUCUACGAGUGGAUGACAUGGAAAGAUUAGAGGCAGACAUCCCGCAAAUCUUGUGUAAGUUAGAACGUAUAUUUCCCCCUGGGUUCUUCGACUCAAUGGAACAUCUGCCGUGCACCGCCAUAUGA